UAGCGAAGCCUGAUACGACACCGUUUGUCCAAAACUCAAUGGGAAAGUUUCCUUAUAGUUUUCAUGUCGUGAUGCUCUCUAAGCCCUUUUAUUUCCUCUCACUAAAUUUCGUCCCUCGAAAGCUUGCCGGAGCUUCCACUUUUGGCGGACAACCGGUUUUACUUUCGACCCGGAGACAGAUCGGACUUAAUCGUCCAAUCGGAGCAGAUUUGGUCUCAGAUUAUAUCUUUUAAUAGAUUAUCCAAAAUUGUUAUAGUCGCAAUUAUUGUAUUUUGUCUUUGGUUCUUUGGGGAAAUUAGUUCAUGGAGGAAUACUUUAGCAGCGAUGAUGAGUGCUGUUAUUCCGAUCGGGAUUCUCUGGAUGGGCUCGAGAACGAAGACUCUCGUACGCACUGGGCACCUUCUAAGGGCCCUGCCAGUAAGGUAAUAACGAAGGAAUCUCUAUUGGCUGCACAGAGGGAGGAUUUGCGCAGGGUAAUGGAAUUGCUAUCUGUGAGAGAACACCAUGCUAGAACCCUUCUCAUUCAUCAUCGAUGGGAUGUGGAAAAGUUGUUUGCAGUGCUAGUAGAGAAGGGAAAAUCUGUUUUAUUUAUGGAAGCGGGAGUUUCACUAGCUGACCAACAAAAUCUUGGCGUACCACUGCCUCCGACAGUAAUGUGCGAAAUUUGUAUAGAGGAUGUACUUGGUGGUGACGCAACAAGGAUGGACUGUGGGCAUUGUUUCUGCAAUGAAUGUUGGACAGGGCAUUUUGUUGUUAAGAUAAACGAAGGUCAGAGUAAGCGUAUAAAAUGCAUGGCACACAAGUGCAAUGCAAUAUGUGAUGAAGCAGUUGUUAGAAAUCUAGUCAGUAAAACCCAUCCAGAUCUGGCAGAAAAGUUUGAUCGUUUUCUUCUCGAGUCUUAUAUUGAGGAUAACAAAAGAGUUAAUUGGUGCCCUAGUACGCCUCACUGUGGGAAUGCUAUACGCAAUGAAGAUGAUGAUUUUUGUGAGGUUGAAUGCUCAUGCGGUUUGCAGUUUUGCUUCAGUUGCUUAUCAGAAGCACACUCACCUUGCUCAUGUUUAAUGUGGGAGCUUUGGGUCAAAAAGUGCCGAGAUGAAUCAGAGACCGUUAAUUGGAUCACUGUCCACACAAAGCAUUGUCCUAAGUGUCAUAAACCUGUAGAAAAGAAUGGCGGGUGCAACCUUGUGAGUUGUAUCUGUGGGCAAGCCUUUUGUUGGCUGUGUGGUGGAGCCACUGGCCGAGACCAUACUUGGUCAAGUAUUGCAGGUCAUAGUUGUGGUCGCUACAAGGAUGAUGGAGAGAAAAAAGCUGAGAGGGCAAAGCGGGAUCUUUUCCGCUAUAUGCACUAUCACAAUCGUUACAAAGCCCAUACAGAUUCCUUUAAACUAGAGAGUAAAUUAAAAGAGACUAUACAAGAGAAGGUUUCAGUUUUAGAAGAUAGGGAUUCAAAGCUCAGAGAUUUCGGUUGGGUAAACAAUGGACUCUACAGACUUUUUAGAUCAAGGCGGGUUCUUUCAUACUCGUACCCAUUUGCAUUUUAUAUGUUUGGAGAUGAGCUUUUUAAGGAUGAAAUGACAAAUAAAGAAAGGGAUAUAAAGCAGCAUUUAUUUGAGGACCAGCAGCAGCAGCUUGAGGAAAAUGUUGAGAAAUUAUCAAAGUUCUUAGAGGCACCAUUUGAUCAGUACGAGGAAGAGAAAGUCAUGAACGUAAGGAUGCAAGUACUAAAUCUAUCAACAAUAACUGAUAAACUCUGUCAGAAGAUGUAUGAAUGUAUUGAGAAUGAUUUAUUGGGUUCUUUACAGCUAGGUAUCCACAAUAUAGCCCCUUACAGGUCAAAGGGUAUCGAGAAGGCAUCAGAACUUUCUGUUUGUUGGGGCAAUAAUUCUGAUAAAGCAUUACAUUGUGGCUCAAGUGGACGGACGACAGAGUCAGAUCAACCUUCUGGGUCUGGAAGUUCAGAAGAGAGUGGAAUUUCUUCUAGGAAACGUGCUAGGAUGGAGGGUCCAGGUGGGGCCUUUUUUGAUUUGAAUUUACCAGCAGACAACGUUGACAGAAGUGAGCUCUAAAAUAUGGCAAGCCUCGUAUAGAAACAGGUGUACAGUCAGUCUCUACUCUAGUGUAACUAGGCUCUCUUUCGGUAUCUUAAAUCUUAAUGGUGGAUUAAAAACCCAAGUGCUUUACAUACUACUGCCAUUGCUAAUUUUAACACAUUGUUGUUAAAAUAUCUUGGAUGACAUUUGGGGCUCCUCUCUACAGAAGAUCACUUAUACUUACCAAUUUGAACAUCCUUACUAUUUUGUACAUAUGUAUAUUCUCCCCUCAAAUUUGGGCAAACCUUUAAUAUUACUUUACUUGGAGUUUGAGGCA